AUGGCAUCAAUUGAAGAUCUUCAGUCUCAAGUAAAGGAAUUGAAAAAUGAGUUGCUCAAAUACAAAAGCACCGGAGGUCGUGAGCGUAUUGAAAAGAUGUCGGCUGAAGUUAAGGAUUCGAAUCCGUACAGUCGUCUGAUGGCUCUUCAACGAAUGGGAAUCGUUCAAGACUACGAACGUAUUCGUGACAAGAGUAUAGCCGUGGUUGGAAUCGGUGGUGUGGGCAGUGUUACGGCCGAUAUGUUGACUCGAUGUGGUGUUGGGAAGCUGAUCCUAUUCGAUUAUGACAAAGUCGAAUUGGCCAAUAUGAAUCGAUUGUUUUUUACACCGGAUCAAGCUGGUUUGUCAAAGGUCGAUGCUGCUGCACGUACGCUACAGUUCAUCAAUCCCGACGUUAAAAUAAUCACGAAUAACUACAACAUUACCACUGUUGAUUCGUUUGACCACUUCUUGAAUGCAAUUCAAACGGGCGGCCUAGACGAUAAAAGUCCAGUGAAUUUGGUGCUGAGCUGUGUGGAUAAUUUCGAAGCGAGAAUGGCCAUCAACACGGCAUGUAAUGAACUCAACAUCAACUGGUUCGAAUCAGGUGUAUCGGAAAAUGCUGUCUCUGGACACAUUCAACUGCUGAAACCGGGUGAAACGGCCUGUUUUGCAUGCGCUCCACCAUUGGUUGUCGCCGAUAAUAUUGACGAGAAAACGCUGAAACGUGAGGGUGUAUGUGCGGCCAGUUUGCCAACAACCAUGGGAAUCGUUGCUGGAAUGCUCGUUCAGAACACGCUGAAGUACCUAUUGAAUUUUGGAGAAGUGUCAGAUUAUCUAGGCUACAAUGCAAUGAUUGACUUUUUCCCGAAGAUGGUUUUGAAACCGAACACACAGUGUAGCGAUCGGUAUUGUCAAGAGCGACAGAAGGAAUUCGAUGCACGUCCAAAAGUUGAAGCAGUUAUUAACACGAAGACCGACGAUGCCGUUGUGCACAGUGACAAUUUUUACGGAAUCGAAUUAGUAUCAGAAGACGAAGGAGCCGCUUCAAGCGGCAACUCGGCAUCACUCAAUGUGGGCACUGGUUUGAAAUUAGCGUAUGACGCACCAGAUACAACAACUGAAAACCUAGCUGCAGAUACGACAAGCACCGCCGACGAUGGUGCUAGCUUAGAAGAGCUUAUGGCCCAAAUGAAAUCGAUUUAAACUUUUUUUUACAUUGAAUUUUUCAUAAUUAUAUACAAAGAUAUUUUCUAACUCUAAGCAAAAUCUUCGGAAUUCCAACUAAAUAAAGUGCAUUUCAAAUAAA